CGAACGACCACCGUCAGGACCCGGCAAGCGACGAGGACGGGGCCCCAGACGCAAGACACCUCUGUUAUCAGCGACAAUAAAGAGAAUCUCAGGAUGAACGGCUCGCUUGGGAAGGUCAGGGCGACGAAGAGAGGCGCAAAGAUAUACUGCUUAUGCAAGAAGCCCGACGACGGAUCGCCCAUGAUCCACUGCUCGAGCUGCAAGGACUGGUACCAUUUCCGCUGCGUCGAGUUGAGCGAGACCGAUGCGGAGGAGAUUCAGCAUUAUGUAUGCCCUUUAUGCCACGAGAAGACUGGCGCCAGAACCAUCAGGGAAUGGGAAGGGCCAGACGCAAUGCAAGACGUCCGCAGCGACGACGUCCGUGUCACACGAGCAUCGUCCAGCGCGGCUACAGCUGCAAAGCAGAAGGCGAGAGCCGAAGCCGAAGCUGAAGCUGAAGCGAAGGCUGCAGAGGAACCCGAGUCCGACGCAUCCAGCGAGGGCUCGGAAGAGUACAACCCCCGGGCCGACAACGCCUCGAAGCGCCGCGCUCGCCGUUCGUCAUACCACUCUGACGGCGGAUCCGACUCGGACGGGUCUCAUCGUGCCGGCAGCUCGAAACGCAUCCGUCGGGCGAGCUCGACCCCCAAGGAGCCUGCUCGCAAGCAGUCCUCGCCGACGCCGAGCCACCUGGCCAAGAGGAAGAAGUCGACAUCAGCCCAGCCUGCGCCGCCGCCGGCGAAACGUCCUCGGUCGGAGUCCACCGCUGGGGAAGACGCUGCGCGCAAGUAUUGCCUGACGAAGCUGCAGGAGCUGUUCCGGCAGAUCUUCACGCGCUACCCUUUCCUCGCCCAGCGCGAUGAAGGCGACGAUACUGCUGGACGCAGCGAGCAGCCCGACAAGAAGCCCGAAGAGCUGACCUCGGAGGAGAAGGAACAGCUGGAGGCGAAGGCCAACCAGUUCGGCGUUGAACUCGAGAAUUGCAUGUACGAGCUUUAUUCUGAGCCGGACAAGUCAGGGAAGCAGGUCGUCGGGGGGAAAUACAAGGAGCGGUUCCGAAUGCUUACGUUUAACUUGAGCAAAGCAGACCGUGUUGUCCUCCACAUGCGCAUAGCUUCGUCUCAUAUUACACCGAAAGAGCUGUCCACGAUGUCCUCCACUGACCUCGCGAGCGAGUCGGAGAAGCAGUCUAUCAAAAAGCUCGAGGAGGAGGCGCUGGCGCACUCCAUCCUCAAGAAGUCCAUCGUCCCGCGGGCGAAGCUCACGCACAAGGGGCUGCAGGACAUCGAGGAUGUGACGGGUGCUGGUCAGCGUGAGGUUGAGCGCGAGCGCGAGGAGGAAGAGGAGGAGCGGAUUGAGAGAGAGAGGCUCGCGCGCCUCCGCCUGCAGGCCCAGCGCUCCCAGUCUACGGGCUCCGCCCCGCCUGAGUCUCCCGUUGUCGGCCAGGCCCCUGCGUGGGGUGCCCCGCCCCCGGUGCCUCUCCAUGCUGCUGCCCAGGCGGUGGCGGCGGAUCUUGCGUCCUCCACGUCGUCUAUGCGCCCGCCUAUGCACCCGCUGUUCGUGCCGUCCGUGUCUGACUUCGCCGGAGGCCCUGUGGAAAACGAGCUGAACCUCGCUGAUCUGAUCAAUAUCGAUGAGGAGUCAUCUGGAGAGAUUGCUAUGACCCCCGUCGAUACGCUCGCUACGCCUUUCGCGGAGAUUCCGCCCACACUCGCACCCGCGCCCACGGAGACCACGUCGGAGGGUGCCUCGCAGCCCACUCCUUCCUCCGUCGGCCCGUCCCCUACCACUGGCAUAUCCCCCUUCGCGGCGAAAGGUUCGCAGCCUGACACGCCCUCGCGGUCGUCCUUCGAUCUCAGUGCUCUGUGGACUCCCAACUCCUCUGGGACAGCAUCCCAACCUCAAGCGGAGGCCCAGCCCCAGGACUCGGAGGACCCAUCGUCCCUAGCACCCGCUGACCAACCGACCGAUGCAGAGCUUCUUGGUGGUCGAGCUGACGACCAGGACUUCGAUAUGUUCCUCAGCAAUACCGAGAACGAGCAGGAACAGCCGGAAGAGAAGGUCCCCGAGCCCGUUGAGCUUACUGCCGAGGUCCAGCGUGCUGCUUUUGACUCUCAGCCUACUGUUUGGAACGGAAUUUUGAGCAUGCCUCUGGACUCCACCAUCCCUCAAGAAGUUGCCGUCACUGCCCGUCAGGCGGGUGGCCGGAUUUUGGGAAGCGAUUCCCCGCUGUGGCAGACGCUCUUUCCGUCAAAGGAGCUCAGGAUUGAUGGCCGAGUGCAGGUGGAGAAGUCGGCGCAGUAUCUUACGCAAGUGCGGCUUAAUCCUUCGAAAGAGCUCAUUGCCGUCGCCUUCUCUGCCGCGCCAAGCAUGGACACCACCGGGUUCAACGCACUCAAGAGUCAUCUUGUAUCCAAAGGGCGCCAUGGAUUGAUUUUCCCGUGGGGUCAUAAUCCAAAGUCGAGCGCUCCCGGACGCGAGCUCUAUGUCGUUCCGUUGCUAUCCACGGACCCAAUUCCGGAGUAUAUGGAGCUUUUGGAUCAGCUACAGCUGCCCACAGAACGUGCCACUGACUACCUCGUUGGUAUCUGGGUGCUGACGAAGGGCAAGCUCGUGCCCCCUCCUCAGCCACUCCAGGCCGCUUCUGCUGCUGCACCUGCCCCGCAGCCCUCCACCACGGCUUCGGCUCUCCCCAAUAUUGACUUCUCUAAACUUCAGCAUCUAGCCGCCCUGCAAAACAUUCCAUCCUUGGUGCAGCCGCAGACCCUGGUGGCUCCCAAACCGCAUCCCCUUCCCUCUGCCGCUGGCCCUUCUCCAUCCGCUCCUCCACCGAAUCCCACGCCCGAUGUCAGUGCUUUGACCCCGGAACAGAUUACACUCAUGCUCCAGGCGCUUUCGAAGGCAUCUGUGCAAUCGCCGCCCUCAUCUAUCCCUAUUCCUGGCGUGCCUGUAGCUUCGCAGCCCAUAGCACUUCCCACGGCUGCUCUCCAGGCGUGGGCUCCUCAGGCACCGUACCAUCUCCCGGUAUACCCUCAGCCGCCCCCUCCGUAUUCCGUCAAUCUUCCUCCGACUUCUCAAAGCCCGCCCCGUGGAAAUGCUCGGUUCGACCACAGUCCUCAUCAGAACCAUCCUAAUAACAGCCAUGACUAUGACCGGGGCCCCCGUGGCCGUGGAGGCCGUGGGGGCCGCGGGCGAGGGGGCGGAGAGCGCGGUCGUGGGCGAGACCAAGGCUGGCCGAAGAGAGGCCGUAGUGGACCCCCGCCUACUGGACCACGUAAUCGCGGAGGCGGUGGGGGAUGGGGUGGCGAGCAGCCGCAAAGAUGGAGCUAAGGCUGGCCAGUCGAGCUUUGUCUCAGGUUGUCUGACGUUCGUUCCUCUGUACGAUGGGUAGCUUAUGACAUGAAGUCCACAGUAGCAUGCUUCUCCAAUGUACUUGUACCGUGCCUUCCUCAGUACUUACUACUCUGUCUGCGUAAUCCAGAGUAUGCUAUGCCUUCACUAUGCCGACAUGACAACACACCGACACCGAGGUCGAAGGCGAUCUCCAGAUGCCCUCCUUUUUCCUAUCGACUUACUGUACUUAUUGUGUAUCUUUCGUGGCAGCUCACGUUGCGAACACAUCUGGUUCCAGAAUUCGAUACACU